CAGGCAGUAAAACACCUGCCUAACAAGCACAAAGCACUGAGUUCAAGCUCCAGUACUGCCAAAAAUUAAAAUAAGUCCUUACUUGGCUUUGCAUGUAAAAUUAAAUUCCAAGGUAUUAAAUAGGUGUUAAAAGUUACCAGUUUCCAACACAUUUGUAACUGAGAUCAUAGAAACAGUCUAGGAAAUGCCUCCAACAAUGGCACAUACUGCAUUAUGGUAAAUCCAACUACUUCAACACAGUUCAGGUUUAAGGGUCAUUGGAAAAGCUUUCCGCUGAUGUUUAGAGAAAAGUACUUUGAGAUAGUGUUGUAUAGCUGGGCCAAACUCCCUCAGGGGAUUCAAAAGAAUUUUCCUACCAGAAUUAAGGCAAAUCCAUGAUUGCUUCUGUUGAACUGAAAAUUUGUGGGAAGGCUCUGAAGUCCACUGCGGUAUGGUACAUUCAAAUGAAGCACAAAGCAUAUGCAUAAAGUUCUUAGUGGUUUUUUCCCCCUCGAAUCUGUUACUUCAAGACGUAUAAGACAUACUAAAUUUUCUUUUGUGCAAAGCUUUCUGCUUUUACUACAUCUAAAGAGGAGAUCAAAGAGAACAUAGCUACGAGCCUGCAACCAUUUAGGCUCAGGAGCUGUAGGUGAAACACUACUCCUGAGUAGUAAAUUUCCCUAGUUAAAAAGAACCUUAGCUUAUUUGAGCUUACCUGUUGAAAAUGUAGAAUUUUUUUUUUUGCCUUAAGUGUUGGAAAUUUGUUACUCCUAUGCAAGAAGGACUUUUGUACGUUUAGAAAUAAAAUGUUACCACUGUUCCUAGCUCUAAAUGAAGUUGCCUAGACUGAGUAAUAACAGUUUUCUGCUAUAUAAUGUAUAUUGCAUCCAGGAUAUGUUACUUGCAGAAAAUAAAUUUUAAAUUUGGGCUUCUGGCCCUAAAUAGUAUUUAAGUGCCUUGAAAGGGAAACAAUUCUACCCUUAGGGAAGAAGUGCUUCCAUGUUUUCGUGAUUUUAAGCAUUAGGAUCAGUGCGUUACAAGAAUUUAAAUGCCCUUGGGGACACUCAAAUAUGAAAUGCAACUACUAGGAAUAAAAGAUAACAGCACACAGUAGCAUGGCUGAUGUCUAGUACGUGGUUUGAGGUGGUCAUAUAGGAAUAGACAGGAUAUUCAAAGUCAUUUAUAGUAUUGGUAAGAUUUUACAAAUUCAUUGCAUAAACAGUUUGUUAGAUGUUGAGCUUGAAUGGUAAGGGGCCACACAUUCAUUGAAACACAGAAGUCAUUUGAGUCUCGGAACCUUUCUGUUGGGGAUCUGUUGCAAGAGGGACCGGAAAAGGAGUUGGAUUCUUGUCGCGAUGUGGGGAGGCCGGAAACUGAGCUCCAGCGGGAGUCGUGUUUUAGGAAUGCUUGGCUCUGGGUUCCGGAGCACACAAGCCGCGGGACGUCUCUUAGCUUCGUGGGCGGUUUACUCAGAGAAUCAGCUCAGUUGGACUCUACAAAUUAAACCAAGGCUUUUCAGUGAAUAUAGAGCCAUGUGGUUCGAAUCCUAUAGGAUGAUCUUUCCCUGUUUGACUAGAAUAAAAAGUUACAGGUCUCCUUGGAAAAAAUUAUAUAGUACUUCACAAACCACAGUCGACAGCAAGGAGGUAAAAACCUUCCUGGCCUUGGCUCACAAGUGGUGGGAUGAGUAUGGAGCUUAUGCACCUCUUCAUUCUAUGAAUGACCUAAGGAUACCAUUUAUCAGAGACAAUCUUUUGAAAACAGUUGCUAAUCACCAGCCAGGAAAGCCUUUGUCAGCGAUGAAGAUUCUUGAUGUUGGCUGUGGUGGUGGAUUAUUAACUGAACCUCUAGGGCGACUAGGGGCUUCAGUUAUGGGAAUCGAUCCUGUGGAUGAAAACAUUAAAAUAGCACGGCAUCAUAAAUCAUUUGAUCCAGUCCUAGAUAAGAGGAUAGAGUACAGAGUCUGUUCUGUGGAAGAGAUUGUGGAAGAGACUGCAGAAACUUUUGAUGCUGUGAUAGCUUCUGAAGUUGUAGAACAUGUGAUUGAACUAGAAACAUUUAUACAGUGCUGCUGUCAAGUGUUAAAACCUGGUGGUUCUUUAUUCAUUACUACAAUCAACAAAACACAACUGUCCUAUGCCUUGGCAAUUGUUUUUUCAGAGCAAAUUGCAGGUUUUGUGCCAAAAGGUACUCAUAUGUGGGAGAAGUUUGUUUCACCUGAGAAGCUAGAGAGCAUUCUGGAAUCAAAUGGUCUGUCAGUUUUAACUGUGGCAGGAAUGCUCUAUAACCCCUUCUCAGGUUAUUGGCAUUGGAGUGAAAAUAACAGCCUUAACUACGCAGCCCAUGCUGUGAGAUGCAUGGUACAGGAACACCCAGGGCCUGCUGAGUUUGUUUUAAUGGGUGAAACAGAACUCCAUGGUAAUGCUUCCACCAGUGCAGGUGUGCGUGAAGAGCUGAAGAAAUGAAUAAUUUCUGAGGACUGUAGUAACAUGACUUAGAAGUCUAAUGUUCACGAAUUUAAAAAAUACAGUUUUUCUUUAGAGAAAGAAUCAUGAAGAUAAGGUCAACCAAAAGGGCUAAAUUCUUGA